GAGAGUUUCAAUAGAGCAAAUCUGCCCCAAAUCGAUCGAUGGUGGUGCUGCACCACAAUGAACUAGAUCGCACUCUCUGGGGACCGGCAUCGACUGCCGGUCGCUCGCGAGGCGCGGACAUUGCUAUCUACACCCAGCUGGCUGUGGUGGUGGUGCUCGGUGUAACUUGCGCAUUGGACUAUGAUAAGCCGGAGGCAGUGCGACUGGCAGCAGCAGGGGCAACACUGUUGGUAUACUUUCGCAGCACUGGGCUGUUUGUCCGCUUGAUGUUGUUUGUGUCCGCCAUAGUCUUCUACGGCGACAUUAUCAUCCCGAUUAUCCGUCUUGCAAGAGGUAACGAAGUUAUUCCUUUGCCGACGACCAAGCUGAUGCUGCACUGCAUCUGGGUCUGGAACACGGUGAGCUCUAACUAUCCUGUCAAUAGCUGCAACGUAGCGCUGACUUCUGCGUUUGAGCUCUCGAUUAGCUUCGCAUCUUGUUUGCAAUCUUCAGGUCGGGAGCUCUCAGGUCAGGAAGGAGAAAGAAGCAUAUGAUACCGAGUAGAAUGCGUCCGAAGGUCGCGUAGGCAGGCACUAUAAAAUACUUUCAUUUACACAUCAGUCUUAUACUUAA